UGUCACUACUGAUUGUCACAGCCUCAUCAGCCAUGAAAGCGGUUGUGCUAGCCCUGACUCUGGCCUUCGUGGCUGGACAAAAUUUUGCCCCUGAAUUUGCUGCUGGUAAGACCUACGUAUAUAAGUAUGAAGCGCUCAUCCUGGGCGGUCUUCCUGAGGAAGGUUUGGCAAGAGCUGGAUUGAAAAUCAGCACCAAACUUCUACUCAGUGCAGCUGACCAAAAUACUUAUAUGCUGAAGCUUGUGGAACCUGAGCUCUCUGAGUACAGCGGCAUUUGGCCAAAGGACCCAGCAGUGCCAGCAACCAAGUUGACAGCAGCCCUUGCACCUCAGCUCGCAAUUCCCAUCAAGUUUGAAUACACCAAUGGUGUUGUUGGUAAAGUCUUUGCUCCUGAGGAAGUCUCGACUUUGGUGCUGAACAUCUACAGAGGCAUCCUGAAUAUUCUCCAGCUGAACAUCAAGAAGACCCACAAAGUCUAUGACUUGCAGGAGGUCGGAACUCAGGGUGUGUGCAAGACCCUCUAUUCCAUCAGUGAAGAUGCACGAAUUGAGAACAUCCUUCUGACCAAGACCAGGGACCUGAGCAACUGCCAGGAAAGACUCAAUAAGGACAUCGGGUUGGCAUACACUGAGAAAUGCGACAAGUGCCAGGAGGAAACCAAAAACUUGAGAGGUACCACAACAUUAAGUUACGUCUUGAAACCAGUCGCCGAUGCCGUCAUGAUCCUGAAGGCGAACGUUAAUGAGCUGAUCCAGUUUUCACCUUUCUCUGAGGCUAACGGAGCUGCUCAGAUGAGGACCAAGCAGUCUUUGGAGUUCCUUGAAAUUGAGAAAGAACCCAUUCCAUCUGUCAAGGCUGAAUAUCGUCACCGUGGAUCUCUCAAAUACGAGUUCUCCGAUGAACUUCUUCAGACACCCCUUCAGCUGAUCAAGAUCAGUGAUGCACCAGCCCAGGUUGCAGAGGUCCUGAAGCACCUGGCUACCUACAACAUAGAGGAUGUUCAUGAAAAUGCACCUUUGAAGUUUUUGGAACUGGUACAACUCCUCCGUGUUGCCCGCUAUGAAGAUUUGGAAAUGUACUGGAACCAGUACAAAAAGAUGCCUCCCCACAGACACUGGUUCUUGGACACCAUUCCUGCCACUGGUACCUUCGCUGGUCUCAGAUUCAUCAAAGAGAAGUUCAUGGCUGAGGAAAUAAGCAUCGCUGAGGCAGCUCAGGCUUUCAUUACAGCUGUGCACAUGGUGACUGCUGACCCUGAGGUUAUCAAGCUGUUUGAGAGCCUGGUAGACAGCGACAAAGUAGUGGAAAACCCACUUCUGCGUGAGGUUGUCUUCCUUGGAUAUGGAACAAUGGUUAACAAAUACUGCAAUAAGACAGUUGAUUGUCCUGUUGAACUCAUAAAGCCUAUUCAACAACGGCUGUCAGACGCCAUUGCAAAGAACGAGGAAGAGAACAUCAUCCUGUACAUAAAGGUUUUGGGAAAUGCCGGCCAUCCAUCUAGCUUCAAGUCACUCACUAAGAUCAUGCCCAUCCAUGGCACUGCUGCUGUAUCUCUGCCAAUGACAAUUCAUGUUGAAGCCAUCAUGGCUCUGAGGAACAUUGCAAAGAGGGAGUCCAGAAUGGUCCAGGAACUGGCUCUCCAGCUCUACAUGGACAAGGCUCUCCACCCAGAGCUCCGUAUGCUGUCCUGCAUUGUUCUCUUCGAGACAAGUCCUUCUAUGGGUUUGGUGACAACUGUUGCCAACUCUGUGAAAACCGAGGAGAAUUUGCAGGUGGCCAGCUUCACUUACUCUCACAUGAAGUCCCUGAGCAGGAGCCCCGCAACGAUCCAUCCUGAUGUUGCUGCCGCAUGCCGCGCCGCCAUGAAGAUCUUGGGUACAAAGUUGGACAGACUGAGCCUGCGUUAUAGCAAAGCUGUACAUGUGGACCUCUACAACAGUUCCUUGGCGGUCGGUGCUGCUGCAACUGCUUUUUACAUCAAUGAUGCUGCCACAUUUAUGCCAAAAUCCUUUGUUGCAAAGACCAAAGGCUUCAUCGCUGGAAGUACUGCUGAAGUCCUGGAGAUUGGAGCGAAUAUUGAAGGACUGCAGGAGCUGAUUCUGAAAAACCCUGCUCUCUCUGAAAGUACUGACAGGAUCACCAAAAUGAAGCGAGUCAUUAAGGCUCUGUCAGAAUGGAGAUCCUUGCCCACCAGCAAACCCCUAGCCUCUGUGUAUGUUAAGUUCUUUGGACAAGAGAUUGGCUUUGCUAACAUUGACAAACCCAUGAUCGAAAAGGCUGUCAAGUUUGGCAAGGAAUUACCCAUUCAGGAAUAUGGAAGAGAGGCUCUCAAGGCUCUGCUCCUGUCUGACAUCAACUUCCACUACGCUAAGCCAGUGCUGGCUGCUGAGAUGCGACGCAUUCUUCCUACUGUCGCUGGUAUUCCAAUGGAACUCAGUCUGUACAGUGCUGCUGUGGCUGCAGCCUCUGUUGAAAUCAAGCCCAACACGUCACCACGUCUGUCAGCAGACUUCGACGUCAAGACUCUGCUGGAGACAGACGUUGAGCUCAAGGCUGAGAUCAGACCAAUGGUUGCCAUGGACACAUAUGCCGUUAUGGGACUUAACACCAACAUCUUCCAGGCUGCUUUGGUAGCUCGCGCUAAAGUGCACUCUGUUGUGCCAGCCAAAAUAGCUGCAAGACUUAAUAUCAAAGAGGGUGACUUUAAGCUUGAAGCUCUUCCUGUUGAUGUGCCGGAAAACAUCACAUCCAUGAAUGUUACAACCUUUGCUGUAGCAAGAAACAUCGAGGAACCUUUGGUUGAGAGAAUCACUCCUCUUCUCCCCGCCAAAGUUUUGGCAUCCUUCCCAAACAGGAAACGCUCAUCCAAGCUUGAUCCCACUGGCAAUAGCAUGUUAGACUCCUCAGAACUCCUUCCCAUGGAAGAAGAAGAUGUAGAGCCCAUUCCUGAAUAUAAGUUCCGUCGAUUUGCCAAAAAGUACUGCGCUAAGCACAUUGGUGUUGGACUGAAGGCCUGUUUCAAGUUGGCCAGUCAAAAUGGAGCCUCCAUCCAAGACAUUGUCUUGUACAAACUGGCUGGUAGCCACAACUUCUCUUUCUCUGUGACACCAAUUGAAGGAGAAGUUGUUGAGAGAUUGGAGAUGGAGGUUAAAGUCGGAGCAAAGGCUGCAGAGAAGCUUGUUAAACGCAUCAACCUGAGUGAGGACGAAGAAACUGAAGAAGGAGGUCCAGUCCUGGUGAAGCUCAACAAAAUCCUGUCUUCAAGACGGAACAGCUCCUCAUCUUCCUCCUCCAGCUCCAGCAGCUCUUCUGAGAGCCGUUCUUCAAGGUCCUCCUCUUCAUCUCGCUCCAGCCGUAAGAUUGACCUUGCAGCCAGGACCAAUAGCAGCAGCAGCAGCAGUAGCCGUCGCAGCAGAAGCAGCAGCAGCAGCAGCAGCAGUAGCAGCAGCAGCAGUAGCAGCAGCAGCAGUAGCAGCAGCAGCAGCAGCAGGAGAAGCAGCAGCAGCAGCAGUAGUAGCAGCAGCAGCAGCAGUAGGAGCAGCAGGAGAGUCAACUCAACAAGAUCCAGCAGCAGUUCAAGUAGGACCAGCUCUGCAUCAAGCCUUGCAUCUUUCUUCAGUGACAGCUCAAGCUCUUCUAGCUCCAGUGAUCGUCGCUCAAAGGAAGUGAUGGAGAAGUUCCAGAGGUUACACAAGAAAAUGGUUGCCUCCGGUAGCAGUGCCUCAAGCGUUGAAGCCAUCUACAAAGAGAAAAAAUAUCUUGGCGAGGAAGAAGCCGUUGUGGCAGUGAUUCUCCGUGCUGUCAAAGCUGACAAGAGGAUGGUGGGAUACCAGCUUGGUUUCUACCUUGACAAACCAAAUGCCAGAGUUCAGAUCAUUGUCGCCAACAUUUCUUCUGAUAGCAACUGGAGGAUCUGUGCUGAUGCAGUUGUGUUGAGCAAGCACAAAGUUACAACCAAGAUUUCCUGGGGAGAACAGUGCAGGAAAUACAGCACCAAUGUUACAGGAGAGACUGGUAUUGUUUCUUCAAGCCCUGCUGCUCGCCUCAGAGUGUCCUGGGAAAGACUGCCUUCUACCCUGAAACGCUAUGGAAAGAUGGUUAACAAGUACAUUCCUGUUAAAGUAUUGUCUGACUUGAUCCACACAAAGAGAGAAAACAGCACCAGGAAUAUCUCAGUCAUCGCAGUUGCCACAUCUGAAAAGACAAUUGACAUCAUAACCAAAACUCCAAUGAGCUCUGUCUACAAUGUCACUAUGCAUCUUCCCAUGUCUAUGCCCAUUGAUGAGAUCAAAGGUCUCAGCCCCUUUGAUGAAGUCAUUGACAAGAUCCACUUCAUGGUUUCUAAGGCUGCUGCAGCUGAAUGCAGCUUUGUCGAAGACACACUCUACACAUUCAACAACAGGAGCUACAAGAACAAGAUGCCUUCCUCUUGCUACCAGGUUGCAGCACAGGACUGCACAGAUGAGCUGAAAUUCAUGGUUCUCCUGAGGAAAGAUACGUCCGAACAACACCACAUCAAUGUCAAGAUUUCUGAGAUCGAUAUUGACAUGUUUCCAAAGGACAACAACGUCACUGUGAAGGUCAACGAAAUGGAAAUACCCCCCACCAGCCUGCCUUACCGCCACCCAACAGCUUCCAUCGAGAUCAGACAAAGCGGAGAGGGACUUGCUGUCUAUGCACCCAGCCACGGUCUCCAAGAAGUCUACUUUGAUAGGAAGACAUGGAGGAUCAAAGUUGCUGACUGGAUGAAAGGAAAGACCUGUGGACUCUGUGGAAAGGCUGAUGGAGAGAUCAGACAGGAGUACCACACUCCCAACGGACGCGUGGCCAAGAACUCAGUCAGCUUUGCUCACUCCUGGAUUCUUCCUGCUGAAAGCUGCAGGGAUGCAUCUGAGUGCCGUCUGAAACUUGAAUCUGUGCAGCUGGAGAAACAGUUGACCAUCCACGGUGAGGACUCCACAUGCUUCUCAGUUGAGCCUGUACCUCGCUGUCUGCCCGGUUGUUUGCCUGUCAAGACCACACCUGUCACUGUUGGUUUCAGCUGCCUGGCAUCUGAUCCUCAGACCACCGUCUAUGACAGAAGUGUGGAUCUAAGACAAACUACCCAGGCUCACCUGGCUUGCAGCUGCAACGCCAAGUGCUCUUAAACAUAAGAUUUCCUUUAAGUCACUACUAUGUGUACGUUUUUUUUUAAUCUGUAACAGUAAAUAAACUGCAUCUCAACAUCA